AUGGCCAUUUAUCACGUUGUGCUCACUCUCGCAGUCCUCUUCAAGCUGAAGCCCAAUGUGCCUCAGCAAAGCAUCGAUGAGAUGCGCGCUGCCGGCAAAGCUAUGCUUGGCGUCGUGCCAGGUCUGAGGUCGUUCGAGUUCGGCUCUCCGCUCGCUAGCACUGCGCACCGUGCUCAAGGCUUCGAUCUGGGCUUGAUUGCCGUGUUGGACACUGAAGCAGAUGUCCUCGCUUACGGCCCGCACCCAGCUCAUCAGGCGGUCAACAAGAUUCGUGAGGCUGUUGCUGCAGAGACGUUGGCCUACGACUUGGAGGUGCCUGACGUUGCUUAG